AUGGAGACGUAUGCUUCUUUUUGCUGGAAAUCCGGUGAUGACUGUAAGGCUCCGCAAUCUCCUACCAACUUGUUUUUCCGCUCCGUGCCUGUCCGAACAGGCUCCAGCCAGGGCGAGGUCGAGUUGCAAGAUAUCAAUGAAACAUUGACAAUGAUGCUCAGGGAGCACAUCAUGCAUUUCACCGACAAGGACUUCGAUGCUCUCAACUUGAGAAGCAAAUUCACGCGUGGUAGUUUCUUUGGCGGAAUACCUUUGGCUGGCUAUGACAGAUGGCAGACAAGCUGGGACGAGCAGCGUGGGAAGCACGAAGCCUUCUUGCUGGACUUGUACCGCGAAGUGCUAAGCCGAGCAGAUGAUUCGUCUCGACCGCUCCCCUUCCAGCACAUAAAGAUCACAUGGUUCGACUCCAUGUUGCAGGAUUUUGAGGUCCAGAAAUGGCUUUUCCACGAUGCGUCCUGGUGCGCAGGUACCUUUGCAGUCGUCACGCUUCUGCUCAUUUUAAAUCUUCGGAGCUUCUGCUUGACAAUUUUCGGGAUGCUGGGUGUUUUGCUGGCCUUCGCAGCUACUUAUUUCUUCCACUUCACGGUCCUGGAGUACAAGUCGCUGACUGUGUUGGAUUUCCUGUCGUUAUUCCUGAUUGUGGGCAUUGCGGCUGAUGACAUGCGGCUUGGACGCAUAGCAUGCUUGUUUCCAGUUUCUUGGUGUUGUGGUUUUGCGGCAACUGCAAGCAAUUUUGUGCAAGUUCUUGACCCUAGCAGAAGUGCACUAUCAAGGUUAAUUCUUUGCCAUACUUUCCGCUUGGCUCCUGCUGUGCUGGGUCCACGGGCAGGGCCCAGGGAGUGCAUGAAAUGGGCAUACAAGCAGGCAGGCGAAGCUAUGCUGGCCAGAGCCCCGGCCCACAGACUGACCCACUGA